CUGCAUGAACAGAUAACGUUACUUGUUAAUCCGUGUGCCGUUGGAGGAUGGAGGCAGAAUGAGAGCCGCUGAGACGAUGCUUCAUUGAGAUUAAUAUAAUCUAAACGCUGUUGUCUGCGUAUAGAAGGAAUAUGUGCCGAUAAUUGAACUUCAACAGUGGGACAGUGAUGAGCAGACAGCCUGUCCCUCGCUGUGGUUUCAAUCGUUAGCUAGUGUUGCACUUGACUUCACUGUGCUUUAUCUGCCAGUAAUUCGAUAUAGAAAUACAAAGAGGAGUCUCGGUGAAUUUAUUGUGGGUUGUGGGUAAAUGGACAGGCAGUUUAAAAUGUUUUAGACUCAUUUCUGGUCGUUAUUUGUUACUGUAAAUACCUCCGUCGACGUAACGUCUCUUAGUACUGUAUGACAUCACGGAAGCUGCCAGUGGUGAAAUUACACUUGACACUUCUGGUAAUGCUACAAAAUAAAGCCUGCCAUGCCAGCCCAGCCCCCUGAGAGGGAACCGGAGGAGGAGAUGGAGGCCGAAGGAGAGUCACAACUCCCUGAUGCCAAUGGAGAGGUAGAGCGCCCUAGAGAGCACGGAAGAGGAGGUGAAGACGGAGAGGAAACCAUGGAGGAGAGCGCGGAGGAGAGGGACAGUGACUUGGAGGAUAGUGAGGAAGAGGAAGAAGAGGAGGAAGAGGAGAGUUCAGAGAUGGACGAUGAAGACUGUGAGCGGAGGAGAGGAGAAUGUUUAGAUGAGAUGAUGGAUCUGGAGAAACAAUUUCAGGAGCUAAAGGAUAAGUUGUUUCGUGAGCGGCAGAAUCAGAUUAAGGUGAAGCUGGACGAGGUGCUGACAGGAAAGGCUGGAGAAUACAGAGAACCUCUGGUAGCUCUGCAGGAGAGCAUGCAGAUACGAACACAAGUGGCCGGGGUGUACAGAGAGCUGUGUCUGCAGGUGAUCAAACACAAGUACGAGUGUGAACUACAAGGAGCAAAGCAGCACCUGGAGAGUGAGCGGUCGCUGCUGUUUGAUGCCAUGAAGUCUGAACUGCUGGAGAAGAUCAGACGACUGGAGGAGGACAGACAGAAUAUAGACCUCACCUCAGAGUGGAGUGAUGAAACGAGGGGCAAAAAGUGUAAAAGAAAGAACCUGCUGGGGCGGUCGGAGAGGAAAAAGAAAGUGGCUCUUGUUUCAGGGCCUUUCAUUGUCUACAUGUUGAGGGAAAUCGACAUCCUUGAAGACUGGACUGCUAUAAAGAAGGCAAAGGCAGCACUGACACCACUAAAAAAGAAAGUAGAAAAGCGGUGAUGAAGGAGGAUCUUAUUGAAGACCAGGGCAAAUAAACCAAACUACACACACACACACACACACACACACCCAGCAACUUCCACUAACGGUUACAGUUUUGUCUCAUUAAGACCCAGAAGAUUGUCGUGUUGAUUAAUCCGCGUCUUUGAACCCACCAACCAACCACCAACUGCUUGUUUUUAUCUAUUGCUAUUUAAAAUAAAUUCUUAAUGAAAUGAAAACCAUGUAUUUAUAGAAUGAUUUAUAAUGGUGAUUAAAAUUGUAAUCUUUUGUGACAAAGA